AGCACUGCGCUGAAGCAAUCAUUUUUAUUUUUAUUUUAUAAUUUUUUUAUUUUUUAAUUUAUCUUUUGAUUGCUACAGCAAAGAAAAGGAAUAAGAAAAAAAACCGGACGAGACCUUAAAAGUGGUGCUGCGGGAGCAGGGGACAUUGAAGACACGAAAGAUCCCGAGAUCCCUUCAACAUUGAUGCCAUGCAGCCAGCAGAAGAACCUGAACAGGAAGAACAAGGCGAUCCCUCGGUUAAGCCAAAUGGGGCGUCACUGGAUCCAAACGCCGAAAUGGAGGCGCCUCCGGGAUGGGGGGUCCUAAAUCCUAAAACACAGGAUGAUACCAAAAGACUCUGCUCAGCUUUGCCUUUGACCUUCAAGUGCUGGAAGCGCGGCACCUGUCUGGUCUUUGAGAUGCUGGAGCAGAACCUCUACGACUUCCUCAAGCAGAACAAGUUCUUGACAUUCUGGAGCAGGUAUUGGCUGCCCAUCCAACCUCCAACAGCAACAGCAAGCGGAUGAACCACAUCCUGGCCAAGCUAGUCGGGCCUUUUCGCCGAGCCACAGAAAUGAUUACCACCCGCCUGAAGGAUCAUUGUGGGAAACUGUGGAUGGGCACAAAGCUGUAUCUGUUGGAUUGCAAUCCGAAGGAUAUUCAGGCCCUGUACACGGUGUUUGAGAAGGAAUCUUUACCAGUCGUUCAACUUUACAAAUUAAAAUUCGCACGGAUUGGAUUUUCAAUACGGAUUGAGAUAUUUCUCUGCAAGGAAAUCGGAUGUGAUAUUUCCACCUGUACAGUCCCUGGACACAUGAUACAAAGCUUCAUUGGCAUAACUUUGCGCUUGAAAUUAGUGCCAAUUUAUUUAACUUGUACUUUCGUGGCCAUCAAAUGCUUUUAACUAAAUUGCAAAUAUUUAA